AUGGACGACGACCUUCCUUCAACGCCUCUGUCGUCGUCGUCGGCUUCAGCAGCAACUUGGGAGAUUCCGUUGCCUGAUGAUUAUGGUGGUGAUGGUAAAGACUAUUCUGAUCAUUUUGUUACAAAUGACAUUUUCCCGAGUUUUGAAGAAGCGGCGGAAUGGGCUAAACAAGUGGCUAUUGGGCUGGGUUUCUUGUUGACAAAAAUGUCGUACAAACAAUUCAAGGAUGGUCGAGGGUAUCGUUAUUUGAAAUGCGACCGAGGUAGGAGAAAAAGUGCUCGAGAUAUGGAGGCGGCGGAACGACUAGACACGAAAACUAAGGCGUGCGGUUGUAAAUUUGAAGUGAAAUGUGUCCAACGCAUGGAUUUUGCGUGGCAAAUUGUUAAGCGUGAAGGUCAUGGCACGCACAAUCACAGUUUAGUUGUGUAUGAAGAGGGUCAUCGAGGCAUAAGUGGUCUAAGUCCAGGAGCUAAGAAUCUCAUUCAUCAGAUGAACAAUGCGCACGCCAAGCCAAAAGUGAUUAUGUCCGCCGUGCAAACAGAGUAUCCAGAUGAUCAUCCUAAUAUGAGGCACAUUUACAACUACAACGAUAAAAUUAGACGGGAUGCACAUGAAAGAAGAAAUCCCGCUCAACAAUUCUUGCACCUGGCGAAAGAGCACAAGUAUGUUCAAUGGAUCGCCGUCGAAGAGGGGAGUAGGGCGGUAACUCACGCGUUCGUUGCCCACCCUUCAAUGGUGGAAGUUCUACGUACAUACCCAUUGGUCAUUGGCAUGGACACGACGUACAAGACUAACAAAUAUGGACACGACGUCAUUGGCAUGGACACGACGUACAAGACUACCUCCACCCAUCGGUCCCGAAACUAA